GAGGAAGAGUGGUAGGGGGAGGGAGAGAGAGAGGAAGAGUUUCCAAACUUGUCUCCAGUGACAGGAGACAUUUACGCUCCACAAGAUAAAACUGCCACUUAGAGCCCAGGAGAGCUAAACCUUCCUGGCUUGGCCUAGGGGCUCGAGCGGAGUCAUGGGCUCUCUGGGCCUGACACUGUGCGCUCUUUUCUGCCUGGCAGCUCACUCGGUUUCUGGGAGCCCCAUCAUGAGCCUAGAGCAGUCUCCUCUGGAAGAAGAUAUGCCCCUUUUUGAUGAUGUUUUCUCAGAGCAAGAUGGUGUCGACUUUAACACACUGCUCCAGAGCAUGAAGGAUGAGUUUCUCAAGACACUAAACCUCUCUGACAUCCCCACGCAGGAUUCAGCCAAGGUGGACCCACCAGAGUACAUGUUGGAACUCUACAACAAAUUUGCAACAGAUCGGACCUCCAUGCCCUCUGCCAACAUCAUUCGGAGUUUCAAGAAUGAAGAUCUGUUUUCCCAGCCAGUCAGUUUUAACGGACUCCGAAAAUACCCCCUCCUCUUCAAUGUGUCCAUUCCUCACCAUGAAGAGGUCAUCAUGGCUGAACUUAGGCUGUACACACUGGUGCAAAGGGAUCGUAUGAUAUACGAUGGAGUAGACCGGAAAAUUACGAUUUUUGAAGUGCUGGAGAGCAAAGGGGAUAAUGAGGGAGAAAGAAACAUGCUGGUCUUGGUGUCAGGGGAGAUCUAUGGAACCAACAGUGAGUGGGAGACUUUUGAUGUCACAGAUGCCAUCAGACAUUGGCAAAAGUCAGGCUCAUCCACCCACCAGCUGGAGGUUCACAUUGAGAGCAAACACGAUGAAGCUGAGGAUGCCAGCAGUGGACGAUUGGAAAUAGACACCAGUGCCCAGAAUAAGCAUAACCCUUUGCUCAUAGUGUUUUCUGAUGACCAAAGCAGUGACAAGGAGAGGAAGGAGGAACUAAAUGAAAUGAUUUCCCAUGAGCAACUUCCAGAGCUAGACAACUUGGGCCUGGAUGGCUUUUCCGGUGGACCUGGGGAAGAGGCUUUGUUGCAGAUGAGAUCAAACAUCAUCUACGACUCCACUGCCCGAAUCAGAAGGAACGCCAAAGGAAACUACUGUAAGAGGACCCCGCUCUACAUCGACUUCAAGGAGAUUGGGUGGGACUCCUGGAUCAUCGCUCCGCCUGGAUACGAAGCCUAUGAAUGUCGUGGUGUUUGUAACUAUCCCCUGGCAGAACAUCUCACACCCACAAAGCAUGCAAUUAUCCAGGCCUUGGUCCACCUCAAGAAUUCCCAGAAAGCUUCCAAAGCCUGCUGUGUGCCCACAAAGCUAGAGCCCAUCUCCAUCCUCUAUUUAGACAAAGGCGUCGUCACCUACAAGUUUAAAUACGAAGGCAUGGCCGUCUCCGAAUGUGGCUGUAGAUAGAAGAAUAGUCCUGUGGCUUAUUUAAUAACUGUAAAUGUGUAUAUUUGGUGUUCCUAUUUAAUGAGAUUAUUUAAUAAGGGUGUACAGUAAUAGAGGCUUGCUGCCUUCAGGAAAUGGACAGGUCGGUUUGUUGUAGGAAAUGCAUAUUUUCCUCUCCAGUUAAGUCCCUUUCAAUGUGUUUUCUCUUUGGACUUGCCAUUUCCUGGCAAUGCCACCUCCACGUUGAUUUGAAAACAACUCCUAGGCAAAAUACAGUGCCAAAAGACACAUACUUGUGUAUGUAUAUCUGUACAUACAUGAACUUACGGAAAUCUUUUGGUUCUAUGCAGGCAGAUUAUACUCAUCUACAUGCGUGACUCACUCAAAUGUGUGCAUAUUAAAGGCCAAUGGUAUGUUCUCUGUUA